AUGGCCAGGAUCUGCCGCCAGCCGGACCAGGCCCUCCAGGUCCCUGGAGAGUCAGACUGCCAAGGUCCCGAGUUUAUUUUGCAGGGAUUUCCUCUCAGCAGUCAGGUGGAGCUGCUGUGCCUGCUGCUCCUGCUCCUGUUCCAGCAGUUGCUCCCAGAGACACUGCUCAUCAUCUCCUUUGUGCUGUCUUACGCCUUCCUCCACACCCCCAUGGGCUCCUUCCUGUGCAGCCUCUCUAUACUGGACAUCUUCGUCACCUCAGUCAGUUCUCCAAAACUGUUGGCCAACUUGGUAUCUGGGGAAAAAAGCAUCUCCUUUGCUGGGUGUAUCACUCAGUGCUAUUUGUACUUCUUCCUGGUAUGGCAGUGUCUUCUGCUGACAGUCGUGUCAGAUGAUCACUGUAUUACCAUCUGCUACCUACUGUGGUAGGUCUGCAUUGAGACUACUGUGAUCUCUUGGGUGGAAGCCUUCCUAUUUGUGCUCUUUCCAACCAUCCUCAUUUUCCAGAUGCCCUUCUGUGGUCCCUCCAUUAUUAACCACUUCUUCUAUGACAGUGGGCUCUUGCUGACCCUCGCUUGUGCACACACCACUACCACUGAGCCUUUGGAUUUUCUGCUUGCACCCAUGGUCAUCCUCUGCCUCAUAGUCCUUGUGUCCUAUUCCUAUAUGCACAUCAUUUUGACAACUGUGCACAUCCCUUCUGCAAGUGGAAGGAUGAAGACUUUAUUCAAUACCUGUGCUUUCCACCUGACCAUAGUCAUGAUUUCUGGUGGUAUCACAGUAUUUACCUAUGUAACUCCCUCACAGAAAGAAUACCUGGAGAUCAGCAAGGUCCCUUCAGUACUGAGCAAGGUUGUGGUUCAAUUCCUUAGUGCCACAGGGUACAUAUACUUGAGGAAUGACAUGGUGUUAGGCGUCCUCAGGGAUGACUGGGUCAGGGUUCCAGCAGUUUUAGAAAAGAGGAUGAGGACAAUGUUGAGGAACAGAUUGUCCUCCAACAAAGACCACUAGGAAGGGAUAGGUCCUCUUCCUCUUCAUCACCACAUGUCCCUUGUACAAAUCCUUAGGAGUAGAAAGACAGGACUUGCCUUAGCAAAAUGGUGAAUAGCUAAAGGAUCCUGAGUGGUCUACUGUGGCAGUAAGACUGAGCUUAGAGACGAGGACUUGGACUCAGGCCUUGGUUCUAACUUGAAUACUAUGGCCACAGCUGUGUCACUGUGUCACUAGCCACUCUGGCCCUCAGUGCUCUCAUCUGAAGUAUGUCAGGGCUGAACUUAAUCUCUAAGUCCCAUCCAUGCUGAGUGUUCUAAGAAUUACAGAAGGGCUGUGCAGCCUGUGUCCUAUUCAAAUCUCCAACAGGUUUGGCCCCAUUUCCUCAUGGAUC